AUGAAAGUGGGUGAAGUCGCUUUACUGGAAGAGAAAGAUUUUCUUGAUUUUAAAAACGAAUGUAUCAAUGAUCAAGGAUGGACAAUAUGUUAUGAGAAAUCAUCAUGUCGUGUAGCAACUAAGAAAAAUUCUCAAUCAACAUUUGAUGUCGUUCGUAUUCAAUCAGACUUUCAUGAUAUUUCAGCUGAAUUACUUUAUGAUGUGAUACAUGAUGGUGAAUAUCGUUCAACAUGGGACACAGCUAUGAUAGAAGGAUAUGAAAUAUGCGCAGUCUCACAUAAUAGUGAUAUUGGAUAUUAUUCAAUGAAAAGUCCACCACCAUUUAAAUAUCGUGAUUUAGUUACACAACGUGCUUGGUUAGAUUAUGGACGCAAUAGAGACAAGAUUAUUAUCAAUCAUUCUGUCAAUCAUUUACGUGAGCCACCCCGUAAAAAUUUUGUACGUGCAAUUUCUUAUGUAACUGGUUAUCUAAUUAUACCAACGGGACCAUCAUCAUGCAGAUUUUAUUAUAUGACACAAAGUGAUCCUGGAGGUAAUUUACCAGCGUGGUUAGUAAAUAAAGCAUCUAAGACAAUGGUGCCUCAAGUAAUAAAAAAAUUAGCUAAAGCAUCUGCUAAAUAUGAUAAAUGGAAAGCUAAAAAUCAACCAUCAUAUAAGCCAUGGUUAUAUCCUGAACAAAUGAAUAUAGGAAAGUUUAAUCAAAAUGAUAUUGGAAUAUUUGAUGCAAAAGAAGCAUUAAUAGCAUCGGCCAAUAACGAUGAAGAAACUAUUCAAGAACAUGCUGUUGACGUUGAUAACAGGAUUGACUUAUGUCCACUUCAACAUGAUAUUAUGUUAUUAAUGUCUAUAGGUGGUGUAUUUCAAGCAAUUUUUUUUGUUGCUGCUUUUUCUUUUGUUUAUUCAAUUACACCAGCAAGAUUUAAAACAGGAGAAAAGAAAGGAAGUAAUAGAAUUUCACAAAUUCUUCUUGGUUGUAUAACAUGUAUAGUUGGUACUUGUGCGACAAUAUUUUUUGUUCUUCUACAAGUUCGUGUAUAUUCAAAUUAUAAAAAAAUUCAAUGGAAAGAUCAGACUAUGCCACAAUUUUGUUUAUUUACAAUUUUCUAUAGUGCUUUGGGAUCAAUAAUUGGUACUUAUGUUGCUAUUAUAUUGUUUUGUACCGUUACAAUUAUAUUGUUAUUUGGGAUUGGUGCAUAA